ACAACGCGCGCUUGUCUAGUUGUGAAAUCUGUUCGCUUGCGUUUAGUUUUCAGUUUUCGACAAUAGUUGAGCGCAGCGAGCGACACAGCGACAGACAAGACAGACGACAGACGACGUACACACAGACACAAUAACACAAACAUAUACAUACACACACGCACAUACGAACGAACAGCUGUGAGCAUACUCACACACACCCACACACACACAUACAUACGCAUACACUGAAGCGCGACUCACUGAUAAACAGAGUAAAAGCAAACUGCCAAAGCGGCAAAACGGCAAAACGGGCAGCAGCAGCAACAACAACAACAACAAGAGCAAAACGCAACACUGCAAACUGCAAGAAAGAGAUAGAGCGAGCUUUAAGCGCGGCUUAGCGACAGCUGAAGCGACGGCUGAAGCUCCAGCAAAGGCUUUUGGGCUCAGCGCGAAAGCGCGGCAUCUGCAAACGUUUUGUUGCGCGCCGUAGACAAAACUCCACAGCAUCGAAUCCAAAAGAAAUACAACAAAAUAGUAAUGCAAAUAAAAUUCAAUUAAAUCAAGUGCAUAAUCAAAACACAGUGUAUGGAAAAAAUUGUUAUCAAAAUAUAAAAGUUAAUCAAAUCUCAAGCGAGAGCGAGCGAGAGAGCCGAAGGAAAGCUACAUCGAAGCACACAUAACAAAAAUAAAAAAAAGAAAAGCAAAGAAAAGAAAAGAAAAAUAAACAUAAAAAAAAAGUCUCAAUUGCUCAAUUGCCAAAGAGUCGACGCCUUUUUGGGUACGCAUAGUAUUUGACGUCCUGCAUUGCAGGACAGUCCUUAAAGUUGUCAAAGUAAGUGCUUCAAAAUUUACUCGCCAACGACAUUUGACGCCUCAAGGGCGUUCAAGCUGGAGGAGGAUUUCGUCGGCGGCUGCAUGACAAUGUCGAUGUAUUCGACAACGGAUAAAAUGAAAAUGUCAGCGCCCAGUUGUUUUCCAGGACGCUACAGUCCAUCCUAUCGAAGUUCUGAGCAAAUGCGACGCUGCAUGCCAAAUCCAUCUAGUCGUUUAUUAGAAGAUGCUUCCCUAUUAUGCAAUUCGUGGUCAGCACGUCAGAAUGGUGAUAUUUUUGCGGGUAUCAACGACGGCAUACUCAGUAGAGCGGAAGCUCUCGCCGCCGUCGACAUUCAGAAGCACCAAGCCCAGCAUGUACAUAGCCAAAUGCCCUCCCAAAUCAAGCACGAUGUGAUGUACCAUCAUCACACAAUGAGUGGCCCCCCGCAACGUCCACUACAGAUGCACCAUUCAAUGGAUCAACUGGACAUGCUAGAUCCGACGGGCUCGAUGACAACGUUAGCGCCCAUCUCGGAAUCGCCAUUAACGCCCACACACCAACACCUGCACGGUUCCUAUCACAGUAUGAAUCACAUGAUGAGCCAUCACCAUCCGGGCACGUUAAGUGGCCACACGGCGGGUAAAUAUCAGUUCAACCAGCAGCAACCACAUCCCAACCACUGUGCUGAUUACCAAGCAUUUAAUGCAGGGCACCAUGGGCAUUCAGCGGUACAUCAUCCUGUCAUCACGGCGGCUGUCGCAGCCGCUGGCCUGCAUCCCGACACCGACACCGAUCCGCGAGAGCUGGAAGCGUUUGCGGAACGCUUCAAGCAGCGUCGCAUCAAGCUUGGUGUCACGCAAGCCGAUGUGGGCAAGGCCCUGGCCAAUCUCAAGUUACCUGGCGUCGGUGCACUGUCGCAGAGCACAAUCUGUAGAUUCGAGAGCCUGACGCUGUCGCACAACAACAUGAUCGCACUGAAGCCCAUUCUGCAGGCGUGGCUGGAGGAGGCCGAGGCGCAGGCGAAAAACAAGCGGCGGGAUCCCGAUGCGCCCAGCGUGCUGCCGGCGGGCGAAAAGAAAAGAAAAAGGACUUCCAUUGCGGCACCUGAAAAGCGUUCCCUGGAAGCCUAUUUCGCCGUCCAGCCGAGACCGUCGGGUGAGAAAAUCGCUGCCAUAGCCGAAAAGCUGGAUUUGAAGAAAAACGUGGUACGCGUCUGGUUCUGCAAUCAACGCCAAAAACAAAAACGUAUAGUUAGUAGUGUAACACCAUCAAUGACUGGACACGGUUCGGCGGGAUUCGGAUACUGAUAGUCAUUUAUGACGGCAGCGGCAGCGACAGCAACAGCAACAGAAGCAGCAGCAACAGCAGCAGCAACAGCAGCAGCAGCGGUGGCAACAGCAACUACAACUAUAACAGCAGCAACAGCAGCGGCAGCAGCAACAUCAUCAGCAGCAGCAGCAACAGCAGCG